UCGAAGGAGAUCAGAAGAAACAUGUUUCGUCGUGCAAUUCACAGUGUGUUCAUCUCGUCGCGACAGAUAACAACGUCUGCAACCUCAAACAUGCCUAUCAAGGUAGGGGAUAAGCUGCCCAGUGUCACCCUAUUUGAGGGCUCCCCAAAUGACAAGGUCAACAUUGCUGAGCUCUUUGCAAGUGGUAAAGGUGUGAUAUUUGCUGUUCCAGGGGCAUUCACACCUGGCUGUUCUAAGACUCACCUACCAGGCUAUGUUCAGGACUACAGUAAGCUGAAAGAGAAGGGUGUGAAGACUGUGGCAUGUGUCUCUGUUAAUGACCCUUUUGUCAUGGCAGCAUGGGGAGAAGCACAGGGAGCAGCUGGCAAGAUCCGAAUGCUUGCUGAUACACAAGGAGAAUUCACCAAGGCUGUUGACAUGGAGCUAGACCUGUCAGCUGUGUUAGGAACCAAGCGCUCUCAAAGAUACUCUUUAGUGGUGAAUGACGGUGUGGUAACAGCAGUGAACCAGGAGCCUGAUGGGAAGGGACUGACUUGUAGCUUGUCUUCUGAGCUACUCAAAAACCUAUAGUGUCUCCCCCAUCCGUCCAGCGCCUUAGAUCCAUAGCAUUCUCAGCAGUCUCGGAAAUUCCUUUCAAACUCUGAUCUUAGUUAUGAAAGAGUCAGAAGUCUCCAGGUCAGUCCAAAUUUGGAUUAUGUACAGGUUGGCUUAAAGCUCCUCUUUCUUAUUGGUGCAGUUGUUAGUGGCCAUAAUUUGUAGUCUGCAUACUUCUUAUCUGCACAAAAACAAAUAUUUUUGGGCCAGGAAAUUGCCUGAAAAAAAGUUGACCAAAAUAAAUAGUUGAAAAUGGGGUUACAAGUGCUAGAUCACAGUACCCAAAGUCCUGAACUGGUUGAUUUCAGGAUUUCUUUGUCUGUGUUAAAAUUCGUUUGAAAUCAUGCUAUUUGUUUGUUUUCUUGAGAUGCCAUAUUUAGUGCUGAAUGCAAAAGGGGCAUUUCCUGAAUGGAAAUAUUUGGACCUAUUCAUGUGUGUACUGCAUUUUAUACAGUAUAUUAUACAUUACACAUGUUGUUUUUUCUGUGUAUAAGGGGUUUGUAAAACAGAGUGAUAUUAAUAAAAAGUUCUCAGUGAAAGUUUCCAUGUUGUGGCAACUUCCUAUUUUAUUACCUGAAUCUAUUAACUUUGAUACAAGCAAAUAACUUCACCAUUCAUGAUUAGUGAUCAGCAGAAUAGCAGGUCAAGAUUCUUGUUACAAGCAUGUAUAAUUGAGAUGUCUUUGCUGCAGGAUAAAACAAAUCAAAUCUGUUACCUUAAAACAUUGCAACAGUUACACACAGGUCAGCUAGCUAUGUUCAUUUUGUGCGAGUGUGCGACAACUGAGAUUUUACUCUACCUUGAGCACAGUUUAAGUAAAAAAAUAAAAGAACAAAAACUGAGCUCAAUCCUAUAGCAUUGGCAUAAAUCCCACGACCCAUUCUGCAUGUGUGUAUUCAAGGAUGACACAAAAUGGCUAUAUAGAUUUUCCUAGAACAUUUGAGGUUUUUGUUGAAUCUUCACUUUGAACAUAAACUGGUUGAAAUUAAUUCCCACACCUCCACUGCUCUGGAGACCUUGAUGAUGAUAACCUGACAGCCCAGGUAUGGCCAUUAAAACCGUCCUGCAGGAUGUUUGUUGGGUAUGGUAGAAAGUUCAUCAGUUACAAAUACAUUCAAACGGAAGUGGUUUACUUCUGGCAUUCUGGUUUCAUCCACCUAUAAAAACUAAAUACAUGUAAUUAAAAUAUUCUUGAAACAGUUAACGCCACC